AUGGUUUCCAGCAAAUUGGGUUAUCCAUUGGCACUUGUAUCAGGCUUCUUUGCAGCAUGCACAGGCUUGUAUAGUAAAUUAUUGAGUGAGGAUUAUAUAUUCGUCGCGUUAGUAUUCUGGUUCCCGAAUGUAAACAAGAAUGUCCUUUUCAUUGCUACCUAUGGUGGUGCAAUCAUCAUGAAUGCUAUAAUGUGGCUUGCUUUUGUUACUGCUCUCAGUAUGGGUCGAAACAGCGUUGUGGUUAUGGCCACAAACACUCUAUCAAACUUCGCCUUUUCAGCAGUUUUCGGAAGAUGGAUAUUUCAGGAAGAAUUGAAUACCAAGUGGCUCGCCGUGACAUACUUUUUCCUCCUCUUCGGUCCCCCGCAGAUGUUUUUAGAAAGCAGAGCUGUAAGAGUUUCACUUGUCAAAGCUUUAUAUAUUACAUACAAUUCUGCCUCAGUAUCUGGUAGUAUCGUGCUCGAAUAUAACCGACGACGGGCCUU